AUGCACAAGUCGAUCGUUUAGUUCGAUGUCUCUCGUUAGAUGAAGAUGAGCGGAAUAAGUCUGAAAAUGUAUCAAUGGAUGUUGAUCAUUUUUUGAGACACAAUUCUAGAGACGAAAACGCCGAUAAUUGGGAACCUAACAGAUAUGAAAUCGACCGUAUUAUUGCUCAUAAAGUUGUAAAU